AUGCUCAGAAGAGACAUAUUUUUCUUCAAGAAGAUUGUUACCGGAUUUGGUAGGAGAAACGUUGUAAUUCCGUCAAGAGCAGUUAAAAAGAGAAAGAGAAAAGUAUCACAACAGAUUUCAGACGCCGAAAGCUUCACUUUAGAUAAGAGAAUAAAUGCUUACAACUCUCAAGAGCUUACAACAAAGCUCAAGCAGCUCGAAGAAUUUACAAAACAGUUGAGGAAUCAUGUUCAACUUGCUGAUAGUUUGACCAAGAAAGAGAAGAUUCACCGGGAAUUGCAAGAGCAGGCACCAGAUAGCGAUAGUUACGAUGACGCUAAAUUAUUUUUGGACUCCUCAAAGCUUAUUCGAGAGGGUGAAUCAAGAAUGGUACCACUUGAUGUACCCUUGAAUAGCGCAAACCUUUCUUCCUUGAUUUUGAGCUCUAGUCACCAAGCUAGAACAUUUUUACCUAAAGAGCUGCUCGAACGUAUCAACGAUAAUGAACUUGUUGUUAAAUCUUUGAUUGACAAGCAAAAUAGAAACUGGAAUACUAUUGUGGACAGACUAUACAAUUCAAACAAGAAGUUGGAUGGAAUUAGCCUGAGAUCUUUAAAAACCUCUCUGCUCAACAAGGUAAAUCAUUUGAGUCUCACAAAUAUCAAGAAACUAGAUGAAAUGCUGAUGUCAAAUAUCAGCCAUGACCUAACACGUUACAACAUUGCCAUGUACGAGUGCAUAUUUUCCAAUCUAUCUAACUUAAAGCCCUCUAAGAGUUUCCUACCGUCGGAUAAAACCGACUAUGUCUUUGAAACUAUGGAGAAAUUACUUCUCAGAUUUGAUGAAGCGAAAGCAAAAUGUAGUGCAGAUAGAAUUGGGGAUGAGGAUUCUGCGAUCUCGAAUACCCCAAAACUAGCGAUGAGCCAAUUCAUUCUAAACUGUUGCAUUAAAUAUGCAUCGAAGACUAUGAAUAUUAAUAAAGUCAAUUUCUUUCUAACCAAAUUUAGUAAAGAUUAUGGUAUCCAGCCAAACAAGGAAAACUACACUACUAUCAUUCAAUUUUAUAACAAAUUGGGGUUGAACAAGGACGCAUGGGAUUUAUUUACAACCAUGAAAUUUCUAUCUUCUGCACACAACCCCGACGUGACUACAUAUAAUACCAUGCUCAAUAUUUGCAGCAAGGAAAAAAAUUAUGCUAAGGCAAUUGAUUUACUUAAUGAAAUGCACGAUCUUGGAGUCAAACCUUCGGCACAAACUUUAAGUUUAAUGGCAAAAACGUUAGCAAAGGCAAGCUCUGAUCCCAUAUCAAGCGAGGGAAAAUCUCAUUCACUAAGGCUUUUAGGAUGGAAAUACAUUCAUCAAAUUGAAAAUGAUCCCGAGCUGCAAAAUGGAAAAGGCCAAGAUCAUUAUUUGAAAGAUACUUUAACCGCUAUGAUGGCUUUAGGCGCAUAUGAUGGCGAUGUGGGAUUAACCAGGGCACUAUAUUUCACUUACGUCUCCAACAAAUUUAAGGAGAGUAUAGCACGUUGGAAGUCGAAGUUCGGUACUUCUAUUCCAGUUGAUUACAAAAAGGUGUGGCGUAAUGCUCUAGACCCCUAUCUUUUCAAUUAUUUAUUACUGUCAUAUGCCAACCACAAUCCAGAUAAAACCCCUUUGCUGCUAGAAUAUCCCCAAGGCCGAAUUCUUCGCCGGAACGUUAUGAACAGUGCUGACUACGUCUCUAGAAAUGAACAACCCGAGGAAAUUAAUGUUAAAAUCCCCAUGCUACCAAUUGCAAAUAUCAACAAAACUUGGCAGAUCAUUGCCGAAUCAAGGGCGAUGUGGCAAUUCAAUUUAGAGUUUGGGGGAACCGUUGAUCUAGCCAAACUUCCAGAAGACUGUUCUCCAAAUUUUUUAACCGACUUGAUGGUCAAAACUGAAAAUGAAGGUGAAUUUACGUUUCAACUUUUACAUCAAAUAGCGAGAUGGAAAGCGCGUCUUGUCAACCAUGAGAUUUUGAACACUAAAUCCUUAACCACAUUCCUUACUAUUCCGAUCAAGCUAGGUGAUAAGAGAGAGUUUUUAUCAAGAAUAUCGGAAUUCACCUAUGAACAACAAGAGUUCGAUAGACAAGUCGACUUCCUUUUUGACUCACAAAACAAGCUAUCUCCAGCAAUCGAGACUUCGAAUGAUACGGACCGGGAGCUAAUCCAUUUGGAUCAAAUUGAUAAAACCUUUUGCACUUCGUUUUUCGUUUCAAUGAAGCAUAAGCUUCUUAGAAGCUCGAUGAUUUAUGAAUUAAUCAUGAAGGCCGCAACCAAAUUUCAUGAUUCAGAGCUUGCAUCGGAAUGCUGGGUAAAGCGAGGCCAAUUUAGAAAGACUUCUGCCUUCCAGAGACUCACUGAUGAAGAGAAAACUGCAACAGAUAGCACGUUUGCAUCACUGAUGGUAGACUUUUUUACUCAGGAGCAUAAACUCACGGAUGCAAUGGCUAUCAUUAUGACCUCUCAAAAGUACAUAAACUGGACUUACAACAUGGUGAAAAAUUUGCACAAGGAGCUGGUUAUGGUCGAAGAUACAGAAAGUACAAAGAUAUUGUUGCAAAUUGUAAACAAAAAGUGA